UACAUUAAAACAUGGAGGCCAAGGUACUUUCUGUUGAAGAAUGACGGAACAUUUAUUGGAUAUAAAGAGCGACCUCAAGAUGUGGACCAGCGAGAAUCCCCCUUAAAUAAUUUUUCAGUGGCUCAGUGCCAGUUGAUGAAGACAGAGAGACCUAAACCAAACACAUUCAUCAUCAGAUGCCUCCAGUGGACCACAGUAAUUGAAAGAACAUUUCAUGUGGAGACUCCAGAGGAGCGGGAAGAAUGGACAAAAGCCAUCCAAACAGUAGCAGACAGCCUUAAGAAGCAAGAGGAAGAAAUCAUGGAUUUUCGAUCUGGGUCCCCCAGUGAUAAUUCAGGUGCUGAAGAAAUGGAAAUUUCUAUGACAAAACCAAAACACAAAGUAACUAUGAAUGAAUUUGAGUAUCUUAAGCUCCUGGGAAAAGGUACUUUUGGAAAGGUCAUCCUGGUAAAAGAGAAAGCAACUGGACGCUAUUAUGCUAUGAAAAUUCUGAAGAAGGAAGUAAUUGUUGCAAAGGAUGAAGUGGCACAUACUCUGACAGAAAACCGGGUUUUGCAGAAUUCUAGGCAUCCAUUUUUGACAGCAUUGAAAUACUCCUUUCAGACGCAUGACCGUUUGUGUUUUGUUAUGGAAUAUGCUAAUGGAGGGGAGUUAUUCUUCCAUCUGUCACGAGAACGUGUUUUUUCUGAAGAUCGUGCCCGGUUCUAUGGAGCUGAAAUUGUAUCAGCAUUGGACUACCUACAUUCAGAGAAAAAUGUGGUCUAUAGAGACUUGAAGUUGGAAAACUUGAUGCUGGAUAAAGAUGGGCACAUAAAAAUUACAGACUUUGGGUUAUGUAAAGAAGGGAUCAAGGAUGGAGCAACAAUGAAGACUUUCUGUGGCACGCCAGAAUACCUUGCUCCAGAGGUGCUGGAGGAUAACGACUAUGGCCGUGCAGUGGAUUGGUGGGGCUUAGGAGUUGUCAUGUAUGAAAUGAUGUGUGGACGGCUCCCCUUCUAUAAUCAGGACCAUGAGAAGCUCUUUGAGCUCAUCCUAAUGGAGGAGAUUCGGUUUCCACGCACGUUGUCACCUGAAGCAAAGUCUCUUCUGUCAGGUUUGCUGAAGAAGGAUCCAAAGCAAAGGUUAGGUGGUGGACCAGAUGAUGCAAAGGAGAUUAUGCAGCACAAAUUUUUUGCUGGCAUUGUUUGGCAAGAUGUAUAUGAAAAAAAGCUGGUACCUCCAUUUAAACCCCAAGUGACGUCUGAAACAGAUACACGCUAUUUUGAUGAAGAAUUCACAGCACAGAUGAUCACUAUCACCCCCCCUGACCAAGAUGACAGCAUGGAUUGUGUUGAUAACGAACGGCGGCCGCACUUCCCUCAGUUCUCUUACUCCGCCAGUGGAACAGCUUAAUGUUUCACUUGUCCAUUAACUUCAACCAAUCAGACUGCAUUUUGGGGACCUUUAAUUUCAAUGGACACUAGAGAACUCUCUACGAUACAUGAAUUACAAACUAUGUUUGUAUUAAGGUUUAGUUGAAUUUGUAGGAAGCCUCACAGGCUGUGUAUUUAAAACAAUCCUGUUGAAUUUUUGAGUCAGAAUCUCUGCAAUUUUGAGAAGGAAGAUAAGAAACCAUUCUUAAAACAUGAUUAAAAAUUAAAAAAAAAAAGAUUUUUCUUCUGGAGAAAAAAGAACAUCUUAGGUUUUUAAGAACAUGCACCAAAACAGUUUUCUUUCAAAAAGUCUAAGACUUGCAACAAAACAGCAGCGUUGGCCGUUUAAAAACAAAAACGAAAACCACAACCCUGUUUUUAUUUAUUUCAUACUGUUCAUUAUGUGUAAGUAGAGAAGCUGCACUCUGAACAAUUAGAUUUAUUUAGGAUGAGAGGCAGACUUAGAUAGUGCAAUAAUUAGAGCAGCAACAAAAAACGAACAAACUCUGGGCCAUUAAGGCCACAACGAUUCUGCCGGCAACUCUAGGAAACCUUUUAUAGGAACGGCACGUAGGACUUCAGAGAGAUAGAGUCAAGAAGAAAAUGACGUUAGCACAACUGCUACUACACGCUACAUAUCAAACAGAGCUGAAUGGUCUGUUUUUAAAAUGUCACAAUGUUCCACUGAAGACAGCACAUCAAUUAUACUGCAUUCUAGUCCCAGCAUGUUUCUGGGGAGUACACUUUAGAGAAACAAAUUGGUUUUAUCUAUUUCAACUGAAAAUGCUUUAAAGUUGCAAAAAUUGACCAGGGGAGAGGGCAGGAUUUGUACACAUUAAAAAGCAAACCACGCACAAUAUUCUUAGGUGAUGAAACUUCUAUCUUACUGAGCAAAAUCUGGAGAGUCGUAUUUUUGGCAGUGAAGUGAUUGGUCCUUUUCACAUAUGUUCACAUCUUUUCCCAGCCUGAUGCCUUCCAGAAGCGGGUCACAGCUCCAAAUACUUCUGUGCCAGCAUGGGCUUUCAGCUGGCACAGAAUUCUGCAAUGCGUAAUCCUGAUACAUCUGGAGGGCACCAGAUUGCAGCAGCAGGUUUUAGAGAGGCAUUAACAUGGCAAGAUACUUCGCAUAUUGAGAUCCCGUCCAUCUGUUUUCCACUCUUCAGUGUACAUUUUUAAAGGUUAUAGGGGGAGGGAGGGAGGGCAAGCUGGAUGGUGCCACCUAUGUAUGGAAGAAACCUCCAUCAGUGGUUGCAAUGGCUAUAUGUAAAAAAAAAUAAUAAUAAUUAGGGUGAAACUUUAUAUGAUCAAGAAUUUUUUCCCCUCUCAUUCCUUUUUUUAUCCUCUUGUCACUUCAUUUUGUAUUUUCACAGCCACCUCGUUCUGGAUUUGCCAAACAAAGUUGUCUUUUUGCUUUUUGACACGGGCCAGGAUUUUAAGCUCUCGUACUGUGAAUGAGUUUAUUCAGUUGUGGCUUUAUGUUCUUUUAGACACGCUUGUGUUUCUAUUCUCUUACCUGUUUAAAAAAAAAAAAGACCUAUACUGCAGUUCCUUAACUUUUUUUUUAAUUUGAAAGGGAAUGUAUUUAAAAUACCCUCAACUUUCCCUUUACACAAAAUUCCAUUGUUGUGUGCGUUGUAUUUUUUUAACAACAUUCAAUUCUAGUAUUUUUACUUAUGAUAUGAAAGUUUCCCUCAAAAGUACUUCAAUAAA